GGUGACGUGGGCGGGGUGAGUGACCCGGAAACCCAAUGGAUGUGGCGGUGAUGGCGCUGCGGCGGCUGCUGCAGCGGUACCGGGACUUCGUGCUCUGUAGCCCGGCGGGAGCGGCGCAGUUAGAGGGCGGCGUGCGGACCGCCUCCUACCUUAUCGCCGGGCGAUUCACUGAUUCGCACGAACUCUCAGAGCUGGUGUACUCUGUGUCAAAUCUGCUGGUGCUGUUGAACGAUGGGAUACUGAGGAAGGGAAUCUCUCAGUCACUGCUGGUGCCUGUCCCCCAGCAGCGACUGAUGACAUGGCUGACUGUACUGGAGCACGUGGAGGUCUUCACGGAGAUGUGCUCGGCCAAGCUGUGGGGCGAUGGUGUGCGCUGGCUUGUCAUUGUCCUCAUUCAGCUCUGCAAGGCGCUGCUCCGAGUGCUGCUGCUGCUCUGGUACAAGGCCGGGAUCCAGACGUGUCCACCCAUCACUCCGCUCAACAGGGAGAGGCACGUGUGCAGAGACGGUCGAGAUGGGAGUCCCCAUGAAGAAUCUGAAGGCUCCCAGGUCUCUUGUUCCACCUUCGUUGGGCAUCGUUCUCGGAGAGUGGUCCGUACCCUCGAACACACUCCAGCACUGCAUUUCCGUCGUUGGGGAGUGCCCCAGGAGGAGAGAGGCCAGAGUUCGGCUGGAGAAUCCCAGAACCCCCCAACUACCCUGGGCAAGCAGGAGACGGCGGCGGAAGUGCUGCACAUAGCGCGGCCCCUGGUGCACCUUGUGACUUUGAGUAUUUGCGGCCGGAGAUCAUGGAAACCGUGGCUAGUGUCAGGAAUCCUCGAUGUUACCAGCUUGUGUUUACUGAAGGACACCAAGGUGGUGACGGCUGAGGAACAAACCGAGCUUCGACGCCGCACCUUCAUGCUGUUGUACUACCUGCUGCGGUCUCCAUUCUACGACCGGUAUUCAGAGGCCAUGAUCUUGUUCCUGUUGCGACUGCUUGCUGAUCACAUCCCUGGAGUGGGUUUGGUGGCUCGCCCCCUGAUGGAUUAUUUACCAGUCUGGCAGAAGGUUUACUUUUACAAUUGGGGUUAAGUGACAAUGAGCGAUAUUCAUAGACAUUUUGUGCUUUAAGAAGCAUUCUGUACCCACUUGCGGAGGAUCCUCGGGAACGGUGUCUUGUCCUGACAGUCCCUGUGAAUCAGUGCUGGCUGUCCCGCAGUCUGACGGCAGCUCUGCUGGAAACCAAGUCAACGUCAGCAGGAGCUCUCAGUUGGACUGUAAUUGUGUGGCAGAGAUGAGAAAGCCCGGUGUCUUUAAGAUGGAGCCUGCAGUCCAUCGGGAGUUCACUGGCAGUGUGACAACAGCUGUACCUACAAACAAGCCAGCUCCAACAAUAAAUUUACGAGGAAGACAAACUAGGGGCGGAAGGCGACACUGAACCUUGUAAUUGUGCUGAUAACCAGCUCACAGUCGCAGUAUUACGUAAUGGAUACCAUUUGGCCCAUCAAGUCCGUACUGACCCUGUGUAAGAUUAGUCCCUCCUGCACGGUCUGGACAGUGUGGUUCAGACUCUAACUACUAUCUGGGUAACACCCCAAAGUUUUUCUCGGUUUGUGUUUGGUUACUUCACAAAGUCUGACGCCCAGAACCAGCCUGACUUCUCAAGUGAUGCUGAACCAGUAUCAUACCAUGGUUUGCAGAGUGUGAUUUUCACUACCUUCUCAACCAGCAUCAGCUAGCAGAUCUGAGUCUGCUUCAGAUCAAGUAUGAAGAUGCAUUAACCAGACUCGAUCUCUGCAUAUUGAACCCUUUCUCAUGCAGAUUGUUUGCAGUUGUCUCCCCAGGUACUUACUUGUGUGGCUCAAGCUCAAUGCUACUGCAAAUGACAUUGGGGCAGUAAUGGUAAAGGGCAUCUUAAAUGGAGAGCCUACUGCAUCAGUAUAAGUCGGACCCAAUCUCUGACUUGGUCUGCGGCAGGGCAGGGGUUCCCAUCCUGGAGUCCGUGGACCCUUUGCUCAGUGGUAUUGGUCCAUGGUUGGGAACCCCUGAUCUAAAGGUUCCUGCCUGCUGUUUGAGUGACCAGCUUACUGUCUGUGUAUAAACAGAUGAGGAUGCCAGCUGAAUGGCCAGUGGCUCAGGUCAUCUGACCAUUGGUGGAUACAAUUCUGCUCCUGUUAAAUUCUUAGCUGGUACCUUGUGUAAUGGUCAGUUUGAGAAGCAAUGUCAUCAUACAGCCACAAACAGAGAGAGACACCAUCGGUUAGAACCAUCGCAGCUCGUGUGGCUGGUCCCUGAGAUGGUUAAUGGGAUCACUGAAGACUGAUUAACUGAUAGUAUCUUCACCCAAUGCCAGGGAGACAGGCUCACACCCCGACAGUUGUGGUGAGAGUGAGCUGGGCUCUGAUAAUCCGACAGGAUCCUGUCACAACCCGACUCCGAUUGUACAAAGGGGUGGGCUCACAGUAUUAGCAGUUGGUGCACAACAUAACCUGACUCUUUAACACUGACCAUAACUGCUCGAGGCAACUUCUCAGUCUGACUGGCACCAGUUCACAAUAUGACCAAGUGAUUAGAUUGGAUUAUAACUGUGGGGGCCAGUUCAAAGUGACUGAGCUGUAUGACAAAGUUCAGUCUGAUCAUAACUCUGAAUACCUCAUGUCCAGCCCACCAUUUGGACGUGAUCUGGCAGGAGCACAUCGUAACCGGCCUGUGGGAGCCUGGAUCCUUCAGUCUGUUCAGUCAGAAAGAUUGUCUGAAAGGACCAACCCUUAAUCAGACUCCUAACUGUGUAUCAUGGGUGACUUCAUAGUGGUUGUUACCCGACUGAGGGUUGGGUAUACAAUCUGCAUGUAGGUACGAGCUCGGAGGAGGAGUUAGCCAUCCCUCAUGCUUGCUUCACCCUUUAUCAGGGGCAUAGGUAAUCUUCUACCUCAGUGCUAUCUUCCCACAAUACCCCCAAAUCCCUUGAAUCUAAGGACCAUUUGACAGCUUUGGUGAUGGAUGCCUGUGGGACAGAGAAAUCUAAGAAUUCGUUGCCCUCUGAAUUACUCCAACAUCUCGGUCCUGAAGCGCUGGUCUCCUUACUCCGAGAAACAGCCCUCUGGUUUAAGAUGUGACUGGGCAGGCACCCUGGCCUGGAGCCCUGUAAUGCCCCUGCUCAUGUGAAUAAGAUCACAUCUUGUUCUUAUGAAUCCUAGAGCCAGUCUACUCAGUCUCCCCUGAUAUGGCAAGCCUGAUUUCUUUAGGAACAGUCUGGUAAAUCUUCACUGCACACCUAUGGCUAAGAUCCUUGGGUACAGAGACCACAACCGUACACAGUACUGUAGGUGUGGUCUCACCAAAGACCUCUAUUGUUGUAAUAAGAUGUAUUUACUUCAGGACUCAAAUAUUCAAUAAAGUCCAAUGAA